AUGAAGCUUUCGUCGAUCCUCGUUGGACUUCCACUCCUCGUGACAGACCUUGCUAGCGGAUACGCCAACCCGGAAAAGUGCAAAGGCAUCUGCGGAAAUGCCCACGACCCGUCGAUUAUUCGCCGUGAUGAAGACAGCAAAUACUUUCGUUUCUCCACCGGCCGCACUAUCUGCGUGUACACUGCGCCAGAUCUUACAGGUCCUUGGAAGGACAUGGGUAACGUACUUCCGCACGGAUCCAAGGUCAAGCUGAAGGGCCAACGGAUGUUCUGGGCUCCCGAUGUCCAGAAGGUUGGUGACAUGUACUACUUGUACUACUCGCUGAGCAGUUAUAAAUCGCAAAACUCGGCCAUUGGCCUCGCCCGAUCCAAGACCAUGGAUAUUGGCACGUGGACUGAUGUUGGCAGCGUCGGAAUUACGAGCGACUCGUCCAAGCAGUAUAAUGCGAUUGAUCCGAACCUGUUCAAAGACAAUGACCAGUACUAUCUCAAUUUUGGUAGCUCCUGGCUAGGUAUCCACCAAGUCCAGAUGGAUUCUGACCCUACGAAGCUAGCGGUGAAUGUGGUCCCGCAACAGUCGGCGUUUACGCUUAACAACGAGGUCAGGGAGGGUGCGUAUGAGUUUGCCUACAAGGGCUACUACUAUCUUUUCUUCUCCCAAGGUAUUUGCUGCGAGUUGGACAAGAAAAAACCGGCGAAGGGCAAGGAGUAUCGUAUCCUUGUGUGCCGGUCAAAAAGCCCAACUGCGGAGUUUGUUGACAAGAACGGUAUUGACUGCCGAAAAGAUGGCGGAAGUGUUGUGCUUGAGUCGCACGACCACGUCUACGCACCAGGCGGUCAGGGUGUGUAUAAAGACCCGAAGUAUGGUCCUGUGUUGUACUACCACUACGUCGACACCCGCGUUGGAUAUGCUGAUAGUGACAAGCUCUUUGGUUGGAACAAGCUCGACUUUUCGAGCGGUUGGCCAGUUGUAAAGAGCCUGAAGGAUUCUGGGAAACGCAACAGUAGCCGUGGGAGAGUAGAACCAAAUCGAGUUUUCAGUAGUGAGCAAAGCCCAUAG